GAUUGGGAAUUCGUAGAAGAGACCGUUCCUGGGGUGGGAGCUUCCCUCUGCAGCACAGGGUGUGGGGAGACUUGCAUGAGGAGUAUGGCUUACUCCCUGUGCAGGAGGUCCUGGACCAACUGUGUGUGGUUAUGCAGUGUGUAGGCCACAAAGAAUUCAGGCCUUUUUUUAGAAAAAUUCCCUGCACUUUCAAGAUGGGCCUUACGAGGUUAAAAUGGUGGUGCUGUUUGUGAGAUCCCUUGUCUUGGGUAAGUAAACCCCAAGAAUGAACCAAACCACAGCCCUUUGGUUCCUUUUCAAGGGCUUCGGGAGAAGUUGGGCAGGAACACGGAGGGAAUCAGCUGUCCUGCUGAGCGUGAUGGGAUUAGCACACACUGAAGAUAAAAAAGUAGCUAAAGAGAAAAUGAAUGAUACUGCCAGCAGAACUGAAAAGCAGGAAAACAUCAGUGGAGUUUCCCUAUGAUCAGUUUGGUGAUUGCUGAUAUCCUUUAUGUUUUAAUGACUUGGGUAUGAAAUUGUCCUGAUUACGUUUUUCAUCUGUUUUCUGCUGUGCAGAAGCCACUGACAAAAGGGCAAGGCUGGAAGAAUUCAGUACCAAGUGUUUGUGCUCUAAGAUCUUGCAACUAGAUGAGGUUUUUUGUCUCAGAGGAAAAGUGGCUGUGGUCCAUCUGAUGCACUGCUCUGCUGGUGUGAUUUUGGGGACCUUUGCCUUCUGCCAGCACUGCCUUCAGCACUGAGGGCUCUCCAGAGGGCACCACUUCUCAUGGGAAAGCAGAAGCCAAGCAGCAGGACCAGCUCUGCCCCCCCAGCAUCACCAGUUGGUCACAGAGUGUAGGGCAAAGGGGGAUGUGUCCUCAGGUGGACUGUGACAUGGAGUGACCCUGUGCUCUCUGCUGGUCCCUGGGCAGGUAGUAAGUGAUGACCAGGAUAUGCCACAAUACAGUCAGUAACACACUGCCAAUGAGGCCUGGAAAACAACUUCUAGAGGUGAAGAGAGAGGAAGGGCAAGACUUUCGGGGGAGAACCUCAUCACCUGGAGCUCCUCAGCUCUCCUGCUGCAUUUCCUGGUUGUUGUGAUGUUAACUGUGCAACUUCCACCCCAAAUGAAUACAGGUUUUGUACUUUUAGCACCAGAGGUCUUAAGGAAAAUGGGAGGGACUUGAAUGAAAGAGACACUGAGGUUACAAGACGGUGUCAAAACUGAAGGUAGGCACAUUUUAUCCUAAGAGCCACAAAAACUGUACUGUUCUUAUGUGAACUGUUCCAUAAAGUUAUCCUGCUUCCACACUGGGAUUAGCACUGCAGAUGAGGAGUCAGCAGUGCUGCUGUGGGGUAAGGGAGGAAUUUUUCUACUCCGCUGUGGUUUUCAUUUUUCCCAUUCUGAAACUACAUCAGAAAUUUUCUUCCGGGCUUUUAGAGUUAGAAUUAAGAGACUUCUGGGUAGAGACAAAGUUUCGGGCGUUGUGUGCCAGGCAGGCUCCCUGUGGAAGCUUUGAUCCCACAGGACGGAGGGUUUGACACAAUAUAUUGAAAUCUGUAUUCCAAAACAGAGCUAAGAAUAUCAAAGCAAUUUUUUUUUUUUAACAAGUGUAUUUGAUUGUGGCAUUCGGAGAUACGAGAAUAACUGGUCUCCACAUAAGUAAAACAGAGACAGGGAUGAGUUUAAGGAAAUGGUGAGGACUGGCGUGCUAAACCUUCACAGCCACAAGCUCUCACUAAAGCUCAAAGCACAGCAGGUAAAUAUAUUGCUGCUCCAGAUCUACUGCAGCAAAGUGAGUCAGCUUUUAUCCAGCCUCUGGCCUAAAUCCUUUCUUUCAUAGGGUUUGUGCUGCCUUUGGGCUUGUGCCCCUACCCUUGGGUCUGCAGGACUGAGCUGCUGUUCCUGCAGUGUGGCCGGAUCACAGCCUUGUGCCACAGUCAGCCCCCUCCCUUCAGUGCGGGGGUUGCGGGGGGGGAACGGCAGCAUUCCAGUGACCCCAGAGUUUCUAGAACAGCAGAAGGAUAAUCAAGAGCCUCUGGUGGAGCUCGCAGCUUCAGUGUUAAAUAACACCGGCUCCCAACAGCUGAGGGGGGGCAGGACUCAUUCCAGAACUAUUAAUAAAGCCCCUAUUUAUACUCCAGGUUCCUGCAAACGGUGCAGCAGAAAACUACAGCUGCGGAGCUAAAAUGGAAUAAAUGUCAGCCUCCAGGGAAAGCACCAUCCUGCGGGAAAGGAGACCACAAAAGGACAGCACAGGGGCAGGUUUCAGACCUGAGGAAGCAGAUCCAGCGGACGGCAGCACCCUGAGCUCACAGCCGGUGGGCAGAGCCAGCCAGUCACCUCCCUGCAGCCGCAGGUCUGUGCAGAAAGCUGCCAGAGCCGCGGCAUCAGAGGCAGCUCCCACUGAUGCCGGCAGAGACCAGCAAGAUCCGAGCUGCCACUCCACUGAGUUGGGACCAGGUGUGACUCAGAGCAAAAGAGCAAAAGCCUGAAAGGGCAUUUGAGGGGGUUUUUGCCUGCAUUGUCUGCUGGACUGGAAAGAUGAUGGAGAGCACAGGAGGGCCGUAUCUAAACACGGCUGCAGUGACCUCCCCUGUUGGAAUAGCUCGAUUGCUGCAGAUGACCUUUGGAUGCACCACGUUCAGCCUGGUCGCCCACCAAGGCGGGUUCAGCGCUGCCUACGGCACCUUCUGCAUGUUCGUCUGGACCUUCUGCUUUGCAAUCACUGUGUUCAUCAUCACCUGUGAGUUCACACACCUGCACAGCUGCCUGAGUCUUUCCUGGGGAAACUUCACUGCUGCUUUUGCCAUGCUUGCCACGCUCAUGUCCGUCACGGCCGCGGUGAUCUACCCGCUCUACUUCGUCCAGGUGGGCUGUUACCCCAUCGGCUGCGAGGUGAGAGACUUCCGCAUCGCAGCCAGCGUCUUCGCGGGCCUCCUGUUUGUCGCGUACGCUGCCGAGGUGUUCUUGACCAGGGCAAAACCGGGACAAGUCACCAGCUACAUGGCCACCAUCUCCGGGCUCCUGAAAAUCGUUCAGGCCUUCGUGGCCUGCAUCAUCUUUGGGGCGCUGGUGAACGACAGCCAGUAUGGCAAACACGUGGCGACGCAAUGGUGUGUGGCUGUCUACAGCUUUUGCUUUGUGGUGACAGUGGUGGUAGUGGCCUUCAGUGUCACAGGCAAGACUGCCUUGCUGUGGUUCCCCUUUGAGCGCUCUGUGGUCAUCUACACCUUUGGGGCCGUGCUGCUCUACGUGAGCGCUGCAGUCAUCUGGCCAGUGUUUUGCUUUGACAGCAAGUACGGCUCCCCACAACGCCCCAGCCUCUGUGCCAAGGGCAAGUGCCCCUGGGACAGCCAGCUGGUGAUCGCCAUCUUCACCUACGUUAACCUGCUGCUCUACGUCCUAGACCUGGCAUACUCCCAGCGCAUCCGCUUUGUCUCACACCUCUGAAAUGGGUCAGAGCCGUCCCGGCACUGUGGAGCCGCUGUGGUUGCAGAGGGAUGGGCCAUGAAGUAGAGAGGCACCGGGCAAAACCAUCAGCCAAACUUCGAGGUGAAGACCGACUGCAUUAACAAAUUAAUGACCUGGAGUGGGUGGGCUGCAGCUGAUACCAGGCACAGUCCACCUCCCCCAUGGUUCUGCCCAACCUACCUGGUGCCAGCACGAAGGAAUGACACAGCUCCAUGUGCAUCUGCAGACAGCAGGAAUGCUUGCAGCCAGGGCUGCAGGCUACCAGAUUACUGAUCCAAAUAUUAGGAAAGACGCCAAGGAUUUUGAAACUGCUACCAACACUUAACAGGAACGAACUGACUACCCAGGAACUCAGAAAGUUAAAAGCUGCAUCAAGGAACACCAGUCCUGGAGAUGAAAACCAAUCCCUCGGAGUUUGGGUUAGUUUGGGCAGUGUGGUGAGACAUGGAAUGCCUGCAAGUGUGGGCAGUUCCAGCUGGGCCAUUUCUGAGAAGAACAUCAUAGCUGUAAUAGUAUUUUGAAGGUUACCAGUCCUUUCCCUUCCUCUCCUUCGCUGUCUAGCACAGAAAAGGAGUAAACUCAAGCAUGUACCUUGGAGGAGGCUGGGUAUUAUUUAGCAAACACUAAGUCACUACAGAAAUGAAAAUUUGCAAAGCUGGGUCUCUGCUGCUGAGAAUCAAGGUGCAGAGCAGAGCCAACCUGUGAAGUGACUGUGUGUGACCUACUGUCCUUGCUCGAGCAGCACAGAAGGUACCUCAGCACAAGCUCUGUAUUGGUUUAUGGGCCGCUGUUUCUUUAUACUGAUGUCAAGAUUUUUUUUUCUGGAAGCUUAAGGAUAAAUUCUGGGGAGAUAGGAAAAGGAAGGCAGAGAUUAAUUGAACUCACAGUGCUGCACAAGAGACCAAAAUGGGUGGGGAGGGGGCAUGGACAGGACGGGACAUGACAAUAUGCACACGCUGGUAACAGACUGGGAGCACUGCCCCAGAGCAGCUCAGGUGCAGGAUUCCUGAGCCCUCUGCAUUACUGAGGAGCCACAUGUCUUGGACCCAUCCCUGAUAAAAUACCCACUUUUAAGUCCCACACUGCUCAGCUCAGAUUUCAGGCUCAAUAGGAAUCUUCAUUUGUUCCAGGGAGAAGCCAGAAUGUCCGAGUGCUUGUGCAGCACAUACAGGCUCAGUGCUUUGAUUAAAAUCUCCAGUAGCUGCCUGUGAGAAGCAAGAUUUAUUUUUUAACCAAAUUAAAAUAAAGCUGAAUGGCAGAUGUACACAUACAUCUCCUGAGAUAUGUAUGCUGUCACCCUGCUCUCCACACUUCCAUUGCAGCAGAUACAGCCCCUCUGCUUUGUGCCCAAAAGCAGAGCUCAGUUUAUUUUGAUGUAUGAAGGCUGAACACAGAAUUAAAAAAGUACAGACACGGGACAGCUGAGACCUCUGAGUGGAUUCUUUGCAGCACAGUCACUCAGGAAAAAGGAAGGAAACUUACCUUUCAUCAGUGCUUUGUGCAGGGUUUGAAAAGCAAAGAGAAAACUUGCUGGGACAGAUUGUGUUGGAUAAUUCUGUACUGAGCAAGGACCAGCCCUUAGCAGUGGGGAGCAUUAGCCAGGAAACAGGGCAAGAAUUGGGAUCCAGCGAAAAGGGAAUGCAUGGAAGAGCCUUCCAAGGGGGUUUUCUCUUCUGCAAGUCCCCAUGAAGGGCAGGCAAUCUGGAAGAUGUGGUCCAACAAGAGGCUGCUAAGGCAAGACCCAAGACUAUUUGCUAUAGAUAUAAAUCAGGAGCUUUAUUUCUUGCCACCCAAAAGACUUAUAGGUUGUACAAGUACAAAAUGCUGAUUUGGGAAAGGAAAUCCACUUGUGUUGGAGGUGGCAGUUUACAAACAGCCACUGCACACUAAGGGACCUCAAGCAUUUAUGAUGUAUUCCUGUUAAAACCAUCAGUGUGAACAAAUUAAGCUGUGUCACACUUGAAAA